GCCCCAGGUGGAGAGAGAGGCCGAGAAAUAAUCCCUUCUGCUUCGGGCCUCUGCUGUCACUUCAACAAUGAGAGCUUUGUGGAGGCAAAUAAAAUGCUAAAAACCAGAUAGGAAGGCGGAGGAAGAGGCAUAGUCACCUCUCUACUGCUGUUUUUCGAAGCCUCCAGUUCUGACCUAGUUCACAUUUACUCGUUUGUGGUCAAAUGCUUUUUUCCUACUGAUAGGCUACCAGAUUUGUGGAAGAUUUAAUCUCAUCUACUUUGCUAGAAAAAUUUAAUUGGUUUAAAAAAUAAGCACAGCAUCAGUUAGGACAGUGAUAAUGGGACAAAUACAAGCAAACAGCGUCCGAAGAAGGAGCGCGAGGUCUGAGUUCAGAACCGCAGAAGGGCCUCAGAGAUAUCCCGGUGUCCUGACACGGGCUUUAUAUUGAAGCAACUUCUCCAAGAUAUUUCUUCCAUGAAGCUUUUAAUUGGGGUGAGAGCAAAAUAAAAGGUUCUUGUCCUCAUGAAUGCCUUAACGGAGCUUUCUGUUCUAAGGCUGGGACAUGUGACUGUCAAAUAUUUCAGGCGCUUGGGACACGGUGCCAGAUUGUGCCAAACAUGGGCAGUGGCAGAGAUGGGGUUUGCAAAACCUGGGGACAGUACCACUUUGAAACUUUCGAUGGCAUCUACUAUUAUUUCCCAGGAAACUGCUCUUACAUUUUCGCAAAGGACUGUGGUAAUUUGGAGCCUCAGUACACUGUAUGGGUUCAUAAUAGUCCUAAGUGCCUUGGUUCGGUGUAUUACUGUUAUCGGUCAAUCAGCUUGUUCUUUUCAGACCAAGAGGAAAUUCAGAUUUAUGGGCAUGAAAUAAAAAAGAAUGGAAUCAGUUUAACAUUGCCUCAGACAAUUGGACAGGUUUUCAUUGAGAAACUAGCUGACUAUAUCCUGGUGAAAACGACCUUUGGUGUUUCAUUGGCUUGGGAUGGAAUAUCUGGCAUUUACCUCAAGCUGUCUGAGGAGCAUAGAGGGAAAUCAUGUGGCCUUUGUGCAAACUACAACGGCCUUCAAUCCGAUGAUUUCAUCGUCCAGCAAGAGGACUACACAGAAGACAUUGCUAUGUUUGCAAACAGUUGGUUGGUGCAAACUGCAGAUGACACCAAAUGUAUACCCACACCCUCAGAUUUUCCAAAUCCGUGCUCCAGUGGAAUACCUGCGUUCGAGGCAAUCUUCUUCAAGUGUCAGAUACUGUUGCAGUUCCCUUUUUUGAGCUGCCAUGAAUACAUUGAUCCAUAUUUAUAUAUUGCCAGCUGUGUUAACGAUCUGUGCAAAACUCAUGAUGAUGACACCUAUUGCCGAGCAGCCACCGAGUAUGCCAGAGCCUGUUCCCAUGCUGGCUACCCUAUUCAGGACUGGCGAGAUGACUUUCCCGCAUGCAUUGAUAAGUGUGAUGAUAGCUUUGUCCACCGGGACUGCAUCAGUUGUUGCCCACCAACCUGCACAUUCGAGAAACAGUGUCUUGGGAGCAAUCUCCGCUGUCUUGAUGGAUGUUACUGCCCAGAUGGCCUCGUAAUGGAAAAUGGGACAUGCAUCUCCUUGGAAAAUUGCCCGUGUAAUUUUCAUGGAUUGGCUUAUUCAGUUGGUUCAAAAAUUGAACAAGAAUGUACUGAAUGUGUCUGUGUUGGUGGAGUUUGGAACUGCACUGAGCAUGACUGCCCAGUUCAAUGCUCUGUUGUGGGCGAUUCUCAUUUUACUACUUUUGAUGGUCGGCAUUAUUCAUUCAUCGGAAUGUGCCAGUACAUCCUUGUAAAAGGAACUGGAAAAGACAAAUUCACGAUUACUUUACAGAAAGCUCACUGUGAGCAGAACCUUGGUUUGGUCUGCCUUCAGUCUAUAACACUCAUUCUGGAGGAUGAUUUUAACAAACAAGUGACCCUUAGCCGGGGAGGACAAAUCCUCACCAGCCCUAAGCAAGGCUUCCAUCUGAAUGGAAUCGUUGAAAUUCAAACUCUGUCAUCAUUAUUUAUUCUUCUAAAAACCACGUUUGGUUUAAAGAUUCUCUUUGCUGUAGAUGGGGAAAGAAUUUAUAUUCAACUCACUAGUGCGUGGAAAAGAAGAACCUUAGGUCUGUGUGGCACUUUUAAUGGGAACAUAAGGGAUGAUUUUCUUUCUCCAGCAGGCAUGAUAGAAGGUACCCCGCAACUUCACGCCAAUGCCUGGAGAGUCUCCUCCACUUGUUUUGCACCUGUCCAUGUUCCUGUGGUAGACCCCUGCAACAUUAACCAACAAAACAUUGGCUAUGCGGCGCACUGCGAUGCCAUCCACCAAGAGCUCUUUGCUCCUUGCCACAUCUACAUUAGCCCCGGGCUCUACUACCAGCUGUGCCGCCAUGAUGCAUGCAAGUGUGGGAGCCCCUGCCUGUGCAAUGCCCUUGCCCACUAUGCCUACCUCUGUGGCCAACGUGGUGUGCCCAUCAACUUCAGAGCUCAGGUUUCAUUCUGUGGGGUGGUGUGCCAGAAGGGCAUGCUGUACCAUCACUGCGCCUCCUUCUGCCGCCGCUCCUGCGUCUCUCUCUCUUCUCUGGAGCAGUGUCCCGAGGACUGUGCUGAAGGCUGCAGCUGUCCGGAAGGCAAAUACUAUGAAGACACACUUAGCUUUUGUGUGCCCAUCUCUCACUGCCGGUGUCAUUACAGAGGCAGCGUUUACCAACCUGGAGAGCUCAUUCCAACACCCUCAGGCUUAUGCCAGUGUUCCAAUGGGACUGUGAAAUGUGAUGAAUUAGCAACGCCCUCUACUGUUCACGUCUGCCCCGAGGGAAAACAGUAUUUCGACUGCAGGUUUCCUGACCCCGAACUACCAGCUGGUGGUGUAAAUUGUGAAACUACGUGUGCAAACCUGGCGAUGAACUUCACGUGUGCCCCAUCGUCACCCUGCAUAAGUGGCUGUGUUUGUGCUCCAGGCAUGGCGGAGCACAAAGGCAAGUGCUACGUUCCCGAGAGCUGUCCGUGUGUCUGGAAAGACUGGGAGCGCCUCGCGGGGGAAGCGGUUGCCACACCGUGUUACACGUGUGUCUGUCGACGAGGCAUGUUCAAUUGCACGUAUUAUCCGUGCCCAGCUGUGUGCACAGUGUAUGGGGACCGGCAUUAUCAUUCCUUUGAUGGGCUGGAAUAUGAUUACAUCAGUGACUGCCAGGUAUUUUUGAUAAAGAGUACAGAUGAUUCAGAUAUAUCUGUCAUUGCCCAGAACAAGAAAUGCUUUGACAACGAUAUUGUUUGUUCUAAAAGUGUUUUGAUUUCAGUUGGGGACACCGAAAUUUACUUGAAUGAUACUCCUUAUAAACAGAAACGAUCAGGUUUUUUUCUGGAAAAUAAACCUACAUACCAGCUUUGGAAGGCAGGUCUCUAUAUGGUAGUAUACUUUCCAGAGAAAGAUAUCACUAUUCUUUGGGAUAAAAAGACAACCAUCCAUAUCAAAGUUGGACCACAGUGGAAGAGCAAAUUAUCGGGAUUAUGUGGAAACUUUGACAAAUGUACUUCAAAUGAUAUGACCACAUCCAAUAACUUAGAAGUGAGAAAUGCCCAGGUGUUUGGAGAUAGUUGGGCAUUAGGGCAGUGUGAAGCCCCAAGUGAACCACUGAAACCCUGUGAAGCACAUCAAAACAAAUUCCCUUAUGCCAAGAAAGAAUGCUCUAUUUUGUACAGUGAUGUUUUUGCUCCUUGUCGCAACGUGAUUGACGUUACUUCUUUUGCCAAAAAUUGCCAUGAAGACACGUGUAACUGCAAUCUUGGUGGGGACUGUGAGUGCUUGUGCACAAGCGUGGCAGCCUAUGCACACAAGUGCUGUCAGGAAGGGGUACCGGUUCGCUGGAGAUCAUCCUCUGUCUGCUCCCUUGACUGUGAAUAUUAUAAUGAAGGGCUUGGAGAAGGACCAUAUAUGCUGGCAAGUUAUGGGCACAGUGGCUUUAUUCUGGGGGCCAAUAUGACCAGUGGAAGCAUUUUCUCUCUGUCAAGGAGUAGUAUUCAUGGCAAUUUAUUUUUUAAUUUUAUGAUCACUCCAGGCCUUUUCAAAGAGAAGGCAUCAACAUUGGUACUUGUUUCCCUGGAGUCCGCGGAGAGGCCGAACUACUUUUUCUUCGUCCAAGACGAUGACAGCCUUAGACUGAAACUCUGGGAGGCCAGUUCAGCCUUUCAUCGGAGAGCCACAUUUUUUCACCACCAGGGCCUUUGGAUUCCUAGUUACAGUGCCUUUGAGUUAUACAGCAAGAAAGGCUUUUUCAUCAUAUUGACAGAUUCUAGUGCCAGAGCAUCAAAAUAUGAUGAUUCUGAAGAAUUUAAACAUUUAAGUAGCUUCAGAAUAGAAGAAACCCAGGCAGCAGUGCCUUACAGGAGGAUGUGUGAAUGGAGAUAUGAACCUUGCGCCACGCCCUGUUUCAAGACGUGCAGUGACCCUGAAGCACUAGCAUGUAAAUUUCUUCCACCGGUUGAAGGAUGCUUGCCCUACUGCCCUAAAAAUAUGAUCCUUGAUGAAGUCACCCUCAAAUGUGUUUAUCCAGAAGACUGCAUACCUCUGAUGCCCACAGAACCAGCAUUAAUUUCACCAGCAGGUCCAGAAAUGGUAACUCCCUCAGUCUUCACUGUGUUUGACAUGCUGACACCAACCACAGGUUUGGAAUGUGAGCCUCAAAAAUUUGAUCCUGUUUAUAACUGUAGCCAAUACAUAUGCCUUAAUAUGGAAUGGAAGUUGUACAACUGGUCCCUGCAUUGCCCAAAGGGCUUGGAGACGCCUGACUGUGGUUUCCGGGGAAGACCAGUUCAAGUGAACAGAGACGUCUGCUGCCCUGAGUGGGAAUGUCCCUGCCGGUGUUCCAUGUUGUCAGAACUCAGCAUCGUUACAUUCGAUGGCAACAAUGCGGCAUUGUACAGCAUGGCUUCUUAUAUCUUAGUAAGAGUUCCUGGUGAAGUUAUAGUUGCUCAUAUUGAAAAGUGUUCCAUGAAUCAGAAUGGAAACUCAUUUAAAAAGCUAGCUUCCUCUGGAAGAAUCUCUGGACUUUGUUUUAAGAAGUUAAAUUUGACCACAUCUCUGCAUGAAAUACUUGUCAAUCGGGCAGAAAGAAAGGUCCACGUGGAUUCUGCUGCUGUGCCUUUACCCUUUGCAAAGCAAGACCUGUCCAUAGAGGAUUCUGGCUCAAUGUACGUGAUUGCUACUCCGGCCGGACUAAUGGUGAAGUGGGCUCACCUCACGGGGAUUGUAGACAUUCAUUUCGGCUCUCAGUUUAACCUGUCAUCCCACACAGAAGGCCUUUGUGGCAUUUGCAACGAAGAUCCAGAUGAUGACCUAAGGAUGCAAAAUGGCACAAUCAUUACGAAUAUGGAAGACAUAGAAUUAUUUAUUGAGAGCUGGGAAAUUGAGAAAUCCUUCAAAGUAACCACGAGAAGGCCCGUUAGAAAUUGCACUGAGCACGACUGCAGUCACUGCAUCGAGUUACUAAAUAGGAAAGCUUUCAUCCCAUGCCAUGAUAAAGUUUCACCACAGGAUUUUUGUGAAAAGAUGUGGAUCAAUUACACCUAUUUUUGGAACUAUGAAUGUGAUGCCCUUUCUGCAUACGUGGCUCUAUGCAACAAGUUUGACGUUUGUAUUCGGUGGAGAACACCUGAUUACUGCCCUCUGAGUUGCCCUGAGGGGAAAGAAUAUCAACCCUGUGUGCAGCCUUGUGAAGCAAGGACAUGUCUGAACAGAUGGUUCUAUGGAUACUCUUCGUGUCUGAAAUUAAGGGAAGACUGUGUGUGCAAAAAUGGGACGAUUCUUCACAGGCCAGAUUCAACUCGGUGCAUUCCUGAGAAAGAAUGUGCUUGCACGGAUAGUGAAGACCGGCCUCGAACUGCUGGGGAGGUUUGGAAUGGGGGCAUUGACGAGUGCGCCCUGUACAGAUGUUUGGAGAACAGCAGCAUCAUCCCCAUAGAACCUGACUGUGAUGAGGCGCCCUCACCAGUUUGUGAGCGAGAAGCUCAAGUCGUCCUGAGCUUUGUUGAUAAGUGGACCUGCUGUUCAAAGGAAGUUUGUAGUUGUGACAUGACCUUGUGUGAAACUGCCAUUCCAACAUGUACAGAUAGUCAAAAAUUGAUCAUUGGCCACAGCCCUUUUUCUUGUUGUCCACAAUAUCUGUGUGAAUGUGACCCAUCCAAAUGCCCCGUAAUUUCGAUACCAGAAUGCAGAGAAGACCAAUUCAUGAUUCAAGUUCAGCAGGAAGAGCCUUGCUGUUUUUCUCCCCUCUGUGUUUGCAAACCUUGCACUCAGCCUAUUCCGCUAUGUGCCGAUGGGGAAUUUCUCACUUUGGAUCUUAACACUACGCACGUCUGUUGCCCUCAGUAUUACUGUGUGUGUGAGCCAAACCUUUGUCCUAUGCCGCUGCUCAACUGUGCAGAAGAUAUGAAACUUGUGAAAGAAAAUGUAUCUGGUCAAUGUUGUCCAACAUGGCAUUGUGAAUGUAGCUGUGAAAAUCUUGUUAUGCCAACUUGUAAAGUGGGAGAAUUUGCUGCAGUAGAUCGUAGCUUUCAGAGCGACUGUGGAUGCGUACAGUAUCUCUGUGAAAAGGAUGAUGUGUGUGUGUUUCAAGAAGUAUCAGUACUGAAUCCCGGCCAAUCUAUGAUAAAGUACUUGGAAGGGGAUUUUUGUUACACGGCAGAGUGUCUGGAAGAAAAAGAUAACCAUACAGGCUUCCACACUUUGAACAUUACAGUGGUGAAUUGCUCAAAGGAAUGCGAUGUUCACCAGGUAUACACUCCAUCUCCAAGUGAUUAUGAUUGUUGUGGUACCUGCAAAAAUGUAUCCUGCAAAUUUCAAAUGGACAAUGGAACAUUGGUUGUAUAUGAGGAGGGGAGUACUUGGCACUAUAAUUGCACUACAUUUGAAUGUGUGAAGACUGACGAAGGGGCAAUGAUUCUGAACUACAGUGUGGUCUGUCCCCCUUUUAAUGAAACUGAAUGCAAAAUGAAUGAAGGAGUUAUAAAGCUGUACAAUGAAGGCUGUUGCAAGAUCUGCAAACGAGAAGAAAGACUAUGCCAGAAAGUGAUUAUUAAGUCAGUCAUAAGGAAACAGGACUGUGUAAGUCAAAGCUCGAUAAACGUUGCAUCUUGUGAAGGGAAAUGCCCCUCAGCUACCAUAUAUAACAUCAACGUUGAGAGCCAUCUAAGAUUCUGCAAGUGUUGUCGUGAAAAUGGGGUGCGCAAUCUGACUGUGCCACUGUACUGCUCCGGCAAUGGCACCCAAGUCCUGCACACCCUCCAGGAGCCUAUAGACUGCACAUGCCAGUGGAGUUAACCCGUGGGUUCCAAGAACGCUCUGCAGCAUCGGAGUGUCAGAUGUCGUUAACUUUUAUCCCUAUUUUUUAAGGCACUUGGCAGAUUUAUAGUGUACAAUAGUAAUGUGUUUUUUCAGACGUUUGGGAUAUGGCCAUUUAACACUUGCUAUAACAUAUAUACAGUUUCCAUGGGAAAAUUAGAUUUAUUGACAUAGUCUGUUUUAAAGAAUCAAGGGAUUUUAGGGUGUUCCGCUGAGAUGCUGUUACAUAUAUAAAUGCAACAUACGAUUCCAUUCUUACCUAUUAAAAGGUCGUUUGCAGGAUUCACUCAAUAGUUUUAUUUUUGGUCUGCAACGUCUGCCGUGGCUAUUCAAAUUAAGAUACUCUUUCAUCACUAUUGUUUACCUGGUAAAUGUAAUCAGUUAGUGCUGGUAUCUGGGCAGCCAAAGAGUGACAUGCUUAGAGACAGGUCAUAGAACUAUAGCAUUUUGUAUUAUUUAAGUUUGAAUAGAUAUUAGGGAUGUUACUGCAAAUUCUACCCUGCUCUUUUUUGACCACACCCAUGGAAUAUGGAAGUUCUGGGCAAGGAUCAAACCUAUGCCACCGCAGUGACCUGAGCCAGAUCUUUAACCCACUGAGCCACCAGCGAACUCUGCAAAUUCUCCUUAUUUUGCAAGUGUAUCCAACAGCCAGAGAAGCUGUGUGACUUGUAUGAAAUCAUUUGAUACAACAAUGUGGUGAAGUGAUAUUAACAGUUGGAUUAAGUCUACAUCUUUUAUGUUCUAGUCAUAUGUUCUUUUCUUUUGAACAGUAUAGUGAGGUGUGUAUCAUAGAACCUUUUAUUCUUAAAGAGUUUGCUUUGCCUAGAAUUAAGAAUUUUAACAUCAGUGAUUUUAAAAAGAAGAAAAAAAAUGCAACCCAUACAUAUGUAUAUACAUUUGUAUAAUAGUUAUCCUAAUAAUAAGGAAUGGGGAAAUGCAGCAUCAGUUGCUAAAUAGAGGAGGGAGAUCUUGGGCUUUUAUUUUUUAUGUCAUUAAAACUGUUUUAAAAUAUGCUGUUAUUAUUUAACAUUUAGUAGCUAUUUACUGCCUCGUGGACAUCUGGUUUUUGAGAUGUACUUGUGUAGCUAUUGAAGUUGCAUGCUAUUUUGCUGUUCAUGCUGCUGUUUUGCCAGUGAAAAAUAAAAUAAAAUUAUUUGAAAAUAUUAAUAAUUCUACACUGGAACACUGCACUCUUUAAAUACAGUAGAUUGUUGACAUUAUAUCCUGGGAGUAUAUAUCCUGAGGUCUUUGCGAGUCCCCCAAUUCUUUGCCACUUAUAGUUUGUAAUGAUCUGAUUUUCCUCAUCUGUAAAAAGUAGAGGAUGCUUCACUUGUUAUGGCUGUUGUGAGGAUCAAAUGAAGUCAAACAUCCAUGAGUCAAGCAGUAAAGUUGCAUUGAAAUGCGGAUGCGAGAGCAUAAUGGGCUGGGCUGGGCUAAAAUGAUGUGCUUUCAUUUCAAAAUCAUGUUGCUUAGAAAAAUUACGACAGAUUAGAUAUUUGGGGAUCUUGAGUUACCUAGAAAUGGAUGAAAGAAUGAGAGAACAUUGCAUUUGCAAAGUCCCAGGAUUCACUGUAUGUAACAGUUGAUUUUAUCUUAUUUGUGCUUAAUAGCACAGGUGUUCUGUCUAAAUAUUCACAUUUUUUUUUCCUUUUUAAAAUUUAAUUUUAAUUUUUUAUUACUUAAUGAAUUUUAUUACAUUUAUAGGUGUACAACAGUCAUCACAACCAAAUGGUAUAGCAUUUCAAUAUUGUUUGAUUCCUAUUAACAUAUAAAUUGAAUGAAAUGCUUUUGGAUAAAAUAAAUUACCAUUUUGCUUAAGAGAAACUGUAUGUACCUCGAAUGAAGCACAUGAUAUUGAAUGCCAUCUACCAAUCAUUUCUCUAUUUUCAUGCUCUGUUAAAAAUGUUAAUUA